AUGCCCGCCAAUGGUACUUGUUUGUGCAUGUUCUCCGUACCGGUACCAGGUGUGCAGCACGAGCACAGUGCAACUCCCGUACGGAGUACAGGGAAUCAUGUACUCUACCUGUCCGCCGUACUCCGUACAGUCGAAAUACUCGACUCAUACCGUGCUGCUCGUGACCGGGCCGAUUCCUACCGCCAAACAACGGAUCCACAGCGGUAUCGGAACGCUUUCUCUGCCAGCCUCGCCAGCCUCGCCAGCACUUCCACCACAAACCACAUCACCGCCUCGCCGCUCGACACCGCCAGCGAACCGCAGCCAUGGUCUCUCCCGCGGCCGACAGGGAGCCCGAAAGGACGAAGCGGCCGAGCGCGCUGCGGUCCAUCAUCGCAGGGUCGACGGCGGGCGCCAUCGAGAUCGGUAGGCCACCCCGACGACGGGCUUGACCGCCGAGCCGGUGCUAACGGAACGCGUGGGCGGGCAGCAAUCACCUAUCCAGCCGAGUUCGCCAAGACGAGGACGCAGCUCAACCGGCGCCUCGCCGAGGGCCGGAAGCUGCCGUGGCCGCCCUUUGGCAGGCAGUGGUACGCCGGCUGCACGACGCUCAUCGUCGGCAACGCGGCCAAGGCGGGCAUCCGCUUCGUCGCCUUUGACCAGUACAGGAGCCUCCUCGCCGACGCCGACGGUAAGCUCAGCGGCCCGCGGACCGUGCUCGCGGGCUUCGGCGCCGGCGUGACCGAGUCCCUGCUGGCGGUGACGCCGACGGAGAGCAUCAAGACGACGCUGAUCGACGACCGCAAGUCGCCGACGCCCCGGAUGCGUGGCUUCCUCGACGCCGUGCCCAUCAUGGCGCGCGAGCGCGGCCUGCGCGGCUUCUUCCAGGGCUUCGUGCCGACGACGCUGCGCCAGUCGGCCAACAGCGCCACCCGCUUCGGCUCCUACACCUUUCUCAAGCAGAUGGCCGAGUCCUACACGGCGCCGGGCGAGAAGCUCGGCGCCGUCGCCACCUUUGGCAUCGGCGGCCUCGCCGGCCUCGUCACCGUCUUCGUCACCCAGCCGCUCGACACGGUCAAGACGCGCAUGCAGAGCCCCGACGCGCGCGCCACCUACGGCAGCACCCUGCGCUGCGCGGGCCUCAUCCUCCGCCACGAGGGCGUGCUGACCUUUUGGAGCGGCGCCCUGCCGCGUCUGGUGCGCCUCGUGCUGAGCGGCGGCAUCGUCUUUACCAUGUACGAGAAGAGCAUGGAGCUGAUGAACCGGCUCGACCCGGAGAUGAGGUACCUCUGA